UACCUGCCUACCUGCCUACCUGCCUACCUACUUACCACUCAUCUACCUAUCUACCUACCUUCCUACCUAUCUACCUACCUGUCUACCCAUCUGUCUGUGUUCUCUACCAGUGUGAAUACGUGUAGUGAUCCACUUUCGAACAGAAGGACACGCAUCUCGAGAGGAAUUAAAGUGCUACGAGAGGCAAAACUCUGACACGGCCGACUUUUCGCGCAGAUGUCUAUCUGCUCUCAGUGGUGACAAUUUGCCUGUGCUGAGAUGACGAUGAUACACUAAAGAAUUUUCAUUAUAAAAAUGGAUGAAAAAGGUCGUGCGCGAGAAUGAGUGCUCGUAAAAGUUGAAGGGACAGACCUACACAACGAAUAACGAAAGCCUGCCUCGUCCAUUACGGCCAGUUACAUAUCUCACAUUAAGAUGACAUAGAAUGGGUUGGGUGGCGUUAGGGCGGUAUGCAGGUGGUGGCGGCCGCCUCUCGUCCAUCCUCUCACUGUCUCUCACCUCCUUCGCGAGUUCCCUCAUCUUCACCUCCCUUUGUAUCCUCACACUAGCCUUUACUCUCGUCACUCUCGCUCAUGCCGAAGACAUCUUCGAGGAGGGAAAAUCGGACAAGGAGAUUUUGGACAACCUGCUGCAGUCGACCCGUUAUGACAAGCGGCUUCUGCCGCCGGUCCAAGAUGCUGAUUUCUGCUGCGGAAUGAGAUGGCCUGGUGACACUACCGAUUUGACAAACCAGUCAUCGAUCUCUAACGACUCCAAGACCCAGAACAAGAACCAGAACUAUAACAACUACACGUCGCAAUACCUUCGCACUCACCUUCGCGGAACGUUGACUGUAAACGUGAGCGUAUUGCUAUUAAGCUUAGCUUCUCCCGACGAGUCCAGUCUGAAAUACGAGGUGGAAUUCUUACUGCAGCAACAGUGGUUCGACCCACGAUUGCGUUAUAGCAACAAAUCAAAAUAUGAGUUUUUAAAUGCAAUUCAUCACUACGAUAAUAUCUGGUUACCAGACACGUAUUUCAUAAUGCAUGGAGAUUUCAAGGAUCCUCUUAUUCCUGUUCAUUUUGCCCUGCGGAUAUAUCGCAACGGCACCGUCAACUAUCUCAUGCGGCGUCAUCUUAUCAUAUCCUGCCAGGGUAAUCUUAAUAUCUUCCCUUUUGACGACCCAUUGUGUUCAUUUGCAAUCGAGAGCAUAUCGUAUGAGCAGACAGCGAUUACGUAUGUGUGGAAAAAUGAUGAGGGAACGUUACGAAAAAGCCCAAGCCUGUCUGCGCUGAAUGCGUAUCUCAUUAAAAAUCAGACAAUCACGUGUCCCAUCAAAGUGAGCUGGCGAGCUGACGGACGGAUCAUGGUUGAGGAGGACGAGUUCGAUGAUUUCGGAGACUCUAAGUGCUCGCUGUGCCAGCGCAGAUUUGAGGAGCAAGGUAAUUACAGCUGCUUGAAGGUGGAUCUGAUCUUCACGCGAGAUCGUUCCUUCUAUUUCACUACGGUUUUCAUCCCGGGCAUUAUUCUAGUAACCAGCUCUUUCAUCACAUUUUGGCUCGAAUGGAAUGCCGUGCCGGCGCGAGUGAUGAUUGGUGUAACAACGAUGCUCAACUUUUUCACCACGUCGAAUGGCUUCCGGGGAACGCUGCCCGUCGUUUCGAACUUGACUGCCAUGAACGUGUGGGACGGCGUAUGCAUGUGCUUCAUCUAUGCGAGUCUUCUCGAGUUUGUCUGCGUGAAUUACGUCGGUCGCAAAAGGCCGAUGCACAACGUUGUUUAUCGUCCGGGCGAGAAUCCCGUCACCCAGCGACUUCCAGCGGUGCUCAACAGGAUAGGAAUUAUGUUGGCCAGCCCCUUGAAGCGGGAAGGCGGAGCUACUACCGGUGGUACCACUGGACCGAACGAGAUUGUCACUUGCACUAACUGCGGACCUAAUCCUUGUACGCAUACAGCAACGAAUGGUUGCACUGCUGAGCUAAGGAAAAAGGAUCCACCGCAUCCUAUUAGAGUGGCGAAAACGAUCGACGUGAUAGCCAGGAUUACUUUCCCAGUCGCCUAUUUCAUGUUCCUCACUUUCUUCUUCAUUCACUAUAAGGGCACUUCGUAGAAUGACGUACAACGAUCUUCGAGAGAUCUCCCAUCGCUGGUAUAAAUGACAACGAAGUUGUCGCUUCUGUUAGGUGACGACGCAACGUGCCAUAGAAAUCGAAUCUACAAUAGAUUUCACCUUCUCUCAAGACCGAAAAUAUUUCCAACUGAACAAAAGCGUAAUCGUUUGUGUUACAAUCAAACAAUUAGCCAAUUUUAUGUACAAAAAUAAAAAUAACGACAUAUACAACAUACGCGGCGCAUAUAAGUAAAUUCAAAAAUUCUAACGCUGAUUGUGUGAGUCACAUAAAUUGUCUAAUCUGAAUAUAACGAACAAACGAAUCAAAGAAUAGCUGUAAUGAAGGGGCGGAUGUCUAAAAAUUAAGAGAUUUUUUCUUCUGAAGGGAAAAAGAAAGAAAAAAAGAAAGAGGAACAUUUAAAAGCACAACAUAAAAGAAGAGUACCAACGAUGGAUCGUCUCCGAUUAUUCUUCAUCUCCUCUCACGUGUGAUAGCUCUUAAAUACACUCCUUUAUAAAAGAAGUAGAUUACGAUUGCUUCGCGAUCAUAUACACUUCUUUAUUAUUCUUUUCUCUUUCUUAUGUCGUAAAUAGAUCAUAGAAUCUAUAGCUGGUAAAAAUACUUUUGCCAAGCAAAGAAAAUGACGCUUAGCUUAGUUGACGAUGAUCAAACGUAUUAAUAUAAAUUAAAAAAUAUAUCGUUACGGACGAACCUCUGUAUUCUUAACAUUUAUAAACCUAACAUUUUUAUCACAUAUCUCGAAAUGCACUAACAAUACUGAAAAUGUAUAGUUCACGCAUGUCUUGCACAUAGCACACUUUUUCCAAAAUACGUUGCAGAAAAGUUUUCGAGACAUCCUUUGGAUGUUAGGAUGUGUGUGUCUGCUGUCUCUCUCUCUCUCUCUCUCUC